AUGUCACUUUUUAAAAAAUUAAGUAAUUUUAGUAGUAAUAACAAUAGUAAAGAUAGUAGUAAAAAAGAGAAAGAAAAAGAAAAAGAGAAAGAAAAAGAGAAAGAAAAAGAUAAGGAUAAAGAUAAAGAUAAAGAUAAAGAUAGUACUAUCAAUAUUAUUAAUCAAAAUCAAAAUAAUAUUGAUAAAAAAAACAAUUUAGUAACUGAUAUAAAUAAUUCGAAUAAUAGUAUUAAUAAUAAUAAUAACAACAAUAAUAAUAGCAAUAGUAAUAACAAUAGCAUUAGUAAUAAUAUAAAUAAUAAUAAUAAUAAUAAUAAUAAUAAUAACUCGACAACCAAUAAUAUCAAUAGUAAUUUGAAUAAUAUGAAUAAUGUUAAUAAAAAUAUUUAUAAUAUUAAUCCAAAAAUUAAAACAAAUUGUCAAUCAUGGAUAUUUAAUUUAAAGCUUGAUUUAUAUCAAUCAAUUGAUGCAAAAUAUGGAUCAAGGAUAUCCUUAAAUAUAAAGAAGAGAAAAGGCAUUCAAUUAAAAAAAGGUGAUAGAUUUUUCUUUUCAGCUAUUCAUAAAAAUAAAACCGAUACAAUAAUGUCCCAAUCUUCAGUUAUCCAAGACCCAAAAGAUAUAUCCGAACAAACAUUUGAUGUAAUUGUUCAAUUCGAAAAGAUAUUUCCUGAUCCAAUACCUAGAAAUAUAUUCGAAAAUCAACCAAUUUUAUCUGAUCUUGUCCAAUCAAAAGGCUCUUUUACCAAAAUAUCAGAAACUCAAUUACCAUUAUUUUUAGAUAUGAUUUCAGACUAUACAAAAAGAAAUGCAAGCAAAAAAGAGGCAAUGAAUUUUUUAACAGGUAUUAGUCUUGGUGAAAAGAAAGAAGUUAUUUCUCAACCAUCUUCAGCCCAGCAAAUUGAAAAUGAAAUUAGUAGUGAUAAUAGUGACGAUAAUGAGCCAAAACAUUUUUUAAUUAAAAAUAAUCAAAAAGAAAAUCUCGAAAGACUUUUUUUAUCAAAUCCAAAACCAGAUGCUUUGGAUGUUGAUAUCAUCGCUUUAAAACUAAAUUUACCAAACAAAACAAUUCAUCAAUGGUUUCAAAAUAAAAGAAAAAGAUCUAUUCGUAAUGUAAACAGCCAACAUAACAAUGAAGAUUCAUAUCGUUUUCGGAAAUCUGACAUGGAGACUCUAAAUCAAAACUUUGCAGAAAACCCAUCAAAAAUUAAACAUUUAGAAAAAGAUAGUAAUUCAAUUGAAAGAAUUAAUAAUUGGCUCAAACUUAAAGGAUCAAUUGAAUCUCCAAUCAUAAUAAAUAGUGUCCUUAGUAUUUCCGAUGAAAACCCAACUACACCAAUUAAAGAACCAUUAAAUUUAGAUUCAAAAGAUCCAACUUUAUUACCAUUUAAAUUAGAACAAAUAGAUAAUAAUAUAAAUAAUAAUAAUAAUAUUCCAAAAGAAUUUUUAGAAAUUAAUGAAAAAAAAGAUUAUGAAAUUGAAGAUAAACAACUACAAAAACUACCCCAAAAUUUAAUUAAUCAAAUUCAACAAAGAUCAAGCACAAAUAAUAUUUUUAUAAGAGAUGAUAGAUCAGAUAUUUCAGAAUUAAAUAUUACAGGUGAUAUUACAACUAAACAACAAACCAUAUCAAAAAUCAAAAAGAAAAAUACAAUUGAAGAAUAUAUUUUAAAUUAUUAUAAAACCCCAACACCUCAAAAGAUAUAUUUUGUUUCAGGAAAUGGUUUUCCUAUUUCGGUAUUUUCAUUAAUUAAAAAUGAAAAGAAAACUUCAAAAACAACUGAUGAACAUAUAACCAAUCAAAGUCAAUCCCAACAAUCAACAAAUCAAUCACAAAUAAACCAACAAUCUCAAAUAAACUAUCAACAAACCCAAACUCAAAUCCAAUCACAACCAACAUCCUCUUCCUUAGCUCAACAACAAAAUAUAUCAUCACAACUACAACAACAACAAUCAUUAUCACAACUUCAAUCACAACUAGAUAAUAAUUCCAAAGAAAAUGAUGAUAAUAAUGAAAACAAUAAUAUUACUAAUAAUAAUAUUAUUACAAAUAACAAUAAUAAUAUAACAAAUAAUGUUAAAGAUUCACUUGUAAAUUUAUUAAAUAAUGUUUCAGGUAAAAAAGAAAUUUCAUAUGCACAUUUAUUAAAUUGUGAUAAUAUUGAUAAUGAUUUUGUUGGUGAUGAAGUUGAUGGAAAUGGUAUACCAAUCAAAUAUGAUCCUACAUUUUUAGAUAAUUCAGAAUUAAAAACUGGUAAACAUAGAACUGUAAUGAAUUUACAAUCAUACAAAGUUUCUAUUUUUCCAUUUAUUCGUAAAGGUGCAAUCAAAGAAGAAUUAAAUGAACAAUUUAGACAAAAACAUCAAUGGAUUAAUCAGCCUGGUAUCACUUUAUACAAAAUUAGAAAGAUCAAAAGGAAACUAAAGAAAAUUGCAAUUAAAUCAGAUUUAGAAAUUAGUAGUUUAGGUUUAUCAUAUGUAUUAUUAGAAAAACUCCUUUUAAAAAAUUUAAUAGAGCAUUCAAAUUUCGAAUUAAUGGCAUCUGUUUGUUUAUUAUUGGCUGUAAAGUUUAACGAUCCAAAAGCUUUAGAAGCAAAUUUAUCUCAAUUUUUCAUUCAAGUCGAAAACAGAUUUAAUAUAACUAAAAAAGAACUUUUACAACAUGAAUUUCAAGUAUUUUCUCAAUUAUCCUUUGGUUUAUUUAUUUCUCACCAUGAUGUACUUCCUCAUUUAAAUAGACUUAAAUCAGAAUCCAUAGAUGAUGAAUUAUUAAAUAAAUAUUAA